AUGAUAACAAUAGGAUUUACUGGUCCAGAAGAUACAUUAAUUAAGUCUGUUUCAUUUGAGAUAAAUAUUGAUAAAUCAUUUGUGAAAUAUUCAUAUGCUAAUGUAGCAGGUAGUGCGGAAGAUAAAAUUUUAUUUUCAAUUGAUACUGUAUUUCAGAUUAAAUCAGUACAGUACGAUUCUGUUAAUGGUCACUGGCAAGUAAAAUUUGAACUUACAGAAAUGAUGGAUAAAAAAAUAGUCGGUUUAAUUAAAUAUUUUCUUCCUGAUCCUCAUUCUAAUCUCAAUGAACAUAUGCAUAUUGUUUAUCUUGGCUUUUAUCUUUGGAGAAUGGGCCAUGAAAAUAAAGCAGAACGUUAUUAUAAACUUGUUCUAAGUUCAUUACACUUUAAUUCUUUUAACUGGGUGUUGAAAUUUAACUGUUAUACAUAUCUUGGUAUGUUAUAUUGCAGUAAGGACCAUGUUAAAGCAUUAAAACAUUAUGAAAUGGCAGCUAAAAUUGCGUUCGAAUUGCCUAGAAAAUACACAGCAUUAAAAAAAUAUGAAUUAGCACGACGUUUUAUUCGAAGCGCUCCUUUUGCACUUCGAGAUAUGGUAGAAUAUUCUAUAAUCGAUGUUCAGAUAGGCCGUACAUAUAUGCGUAGAAAUAAAAAUGAUAUGGCAUUAGAAAUAUUGGAUAAAACAUAUAAAUAUCAAUUAAAAAAUUUACCAGAUUAUCAUGCAGAAACUGCAGUUGAAGCAAAAAUCGAUCUCGAUCAAACUGGAAUUAAUAUAGCCCCAGAACUAUCGUUACCCAAAUCAGAAUUACAGUUGAAAUCAAAAAAGGAUCGUAUUGUAGAUGAUGAAGAUACGAUUAAUUAUUGCACAAAGACAACAGAAAACAAAGUUGCUUUAUAUCCUAUAGAAUUUUAUUGUGGCUGUAAAAAUGAUAUGUACGAACAAAUUGAAAAAUGGCUGAUGCAACUGCGUGUCAGUGAUAUCAAUCGUCUGGGAUCGACGACAAGCAUACCGUUACAUGCAGCAAGUUAUUAUGUUCAUGAAAAAAUUAUUAAAAUGGUGUCAGCACAUAGUGCAUCAAGAUCUAUUUUAAAUAAAUAUAAACAGACACCGUGUCAAGAAGCUAAGACAUUUCAAAUUCAGCAAUUAUUUUAUCGUCUAUUUCUAACUGAUCGUUUUUUAAGUUCGGUGGAUGAAUGGACUGAUCCAGUGUAUGACAUGGUAACAACUUGUUUAAGCACGAUGCGACGUGGAGAGUACUGA